ACUAUCGCACCAGUUCGUUCCGUGAACCGUUUUUACCCGGUGACUCACACAUUUAACAACAAUGGAACUAAACCAAUGCAAUAAACACAUAGAAUCACGUAUUGCAAAUGUUAAAUGCGAUCGAGAGAAAAUUGAAAAGUGCAACGAGUGGUUGAAAAGGUGUAGCAUCGAUGAUGAUUGUAGCUCUUUAUGUUCGGACAAUACUAGUUCAGAUUUUACUGAAAGCACUGAUAAUAGUGCUAUGACCAGUGGGUUUGUGUUUGAGGAUAGUAACAUUGAGAUAUCUGAUAUUGUCCAACAGACAGAAGAUGGCGAUAAAACAAAUAUUAACAAAUUCAAGACAACUCCGUCAAAUUUUAUAGAAAAGGUCAACAUUUAUAAAUCUAAAAAAGUUCACAUUGGUGAUGUAAUAUACAUAGAAAAACCAAUAUACAUAAAAAACGAACCAUUAUCUAAUAAAUCACCAAUUAUACCAUCAACAGAAACAAUACAAUCUGCAAAAGGGAAAUUUUCUAUUGUAAAAAGACGUAAUUGGUUGGCGCAACCUCCAAUGGAAGAACGGAAAUACUUAACAGAACCAGCACAAUAUGUCAUUAUUUGUCACUCAGCAACUGAGGAAGGGUUCACAUAUACAGAAAAUACCUUAUUAGUCCGUUUGAUCCAACAGUUCCACAUCGAAUCCCGUAAAUGGGCGGACAUUUCCUAUAAUUUCAUCAUAGGAUCGGACGGUACCGUGUUCGAAGGACGUGGCUGGGGUGUUCAAGGGGCGCACACAUUAUCCUAUAACAAUUGUUCAAUUGGAAUUUGCUUUAUUGGUUGUUUCAUCAAUCAUUUACCGCCGUCGAUCGCUCUCGAAAGGGCUCAGGCUUUGAUCAAGUACGGGGUGGAAAUUGGAGCGAUAAAGGAGGACUAUUCUUUAUUGGGACACAAACAGUGCAAUAGUUUCGAGAGUCCAGGACAGAAAUUGUUUGAGGAAAUUCAAAAUUGGGAUCACUGGGACAGCUCCGUGAAGUUUAUGUAAAAUAUAUGUUAAGCCAUUUUAAUAAAAUAUUUUUUUUGAUCUCGCUUUAUAUACGAAUAUUUUAAUUAUAUUUAAGAUAUUCUGAUGUUUAAUCUUUCAUAUUGGAAAUUAAUUUUAACUUUUUGUACUGUGGAUUUUUUGAAUAUAUAUAUAU